AUACCUUGUGGACAGAGGAGUUAAAUACCUUCGGUCCGUGCUUGGUGAUAUCAAAUCACUCCUUCGCAGUUCACGCCCACCCCGUCAAAUUCUGCUCGUGACUCUCCUUGCGUCCGAUCGGUAUAGUUCGCGUGAUGAAGAUCGUGGUUCCCGUCCUUGCCCUUGCUGGGCUCGUCCGUGCUGUCUCCAUUACGGGGUGCCACCAGCACGGCAGCGAUGUGUACUGUAUCACCGAAAGUGGUGAAGAGGUCCAGGUGGCGCUGGACAAUCCCCCGGCAGAGCUUCCUUCUGAAUAUACCGACUGCCAUACUCAUGGGGACAAAUCGUACUGUGUCGAUCCAAAUGGCGAAGACGUCGAAGUCUUGGGAGAAGUAACCAGCUCGGGCACCAACAGCGAAGAUUCCAAUUCCCAAUCUAAUGAAGAAAGCUCGGGCGGAGAGAACUGUCACUUCCAUGCCGGCGUGGAGUAUGUACCCAUCCUCGUUCAAUUAUGUGGUGAGAUGCUAAUCAUGUAGACACUGUGUUGGUGCAGGAGAAUCGGAGAGUGACUCUAGUUCCUCUGAGAGCU